AUGGUUAUACCAUUCCGAGCAAAGGAUGUAGCUGCAGAUAAGACAGAAUUCGGUCAUCCAGAUGUUGCUCUUGUCUUAGCACAACUUUCAUACUAUUACAGUGGUUUAAAAGAUGAACAUUUAUUUCAAAUCACUGGAUUCAGUGGAACCAAUGAUACUCAACUAUUAUUACCUAUUCAUAUUUGUCAACAUGAUUUAUCUGAGCUUCAGACUACAAAUGCUAUUGUUAUUCACUAUUUAUUACAAAGCGAAAAUAAACAUUAUGAAGCUUUACUUAACAAUGCUGAUGCAAACCAGAUCUUAAAUGAAAUUGUUCACUACAAAUUGACGAUCAAUGUUAUUCUUGAUGUAGGUGCUCUCUUGAGCGAUGGAACUAAUCGUGAUAUAGCUAUGAAAUGGUUAAAUCUAUCAGAUAUAGAUAAGAUUGACUAUGCUGUUUAUUUAGAAUCCGAUUUAAUCGUUGUCUGUGAUCAUGAAAUUCAUACACGAGGAACAGAUUUUAAAUUUCCGACCGGAUUCAUAGCUGCAGUGACAUUGAGCAAUGGUUUAACAAAAGAUCGAUUAGUACAAGCAUGUAUGAGAAUGCGCAAAUUGGGCAAAAGUCAUUCAUUAGUAUUUUGGAGUUCCUAUGAAGUUCAUCAACAAAUUUCUACUUUGAAAGAUAAGACAACACCAAGAAUUAGUCAGGUCGAUAUUCUGCGAUGGGUGUACGAAAAUAAGCAACGAACGAUUUGGGAUGGUUUACAUUAUUGGGCAACACAAAGUUUAAGUUAUCAACGGAGAUCAGUAGCUUUUCAACACAUCCACUGGGUCGAUAAUAAGCAAGAAUUUACCGAUACUCUGAUGCAAAAAUUGGCUAGAGAUAGUUUAGAAGCUGAAAUAAUUGAAUUGAAACAAAUGUAUGGUGCAUCUAAAAUGCCACAACUUCCUCAAGCUGUUAUCGAACGUUUACAUGCUCUUGGCGGAACGAAAACACGUUUAGCACAUUUGUUGAAUGAAGAACAAGAAAGAGAAUUAGAAGAAGAAGAAGAACGUCAAUUGAUUCGACCUCCCUCUUUUUCUCCCUGUGAACCUGUACUUCAUCCUGAAAUAGAACAAUUGUGUCAUGUAAAUGAGAACAUGAUGGAUUUAACCAGAUACCCUAAUGUAUUUCGUUCAUUGACAUAUGCAUUCACUGGCACAACUUUUCUUCAAGAUUGUCAAGUCAAUAGCUGGCAAGAAAAUGUCUGGGUAUCCACAGAAUUUCAACGUGUGAUUGAAACCAAAGCAGAACCAUUGAAUCCUUUUCUAUGUCCCCUACGGUGGUUGAUCGUUUAUCGAAAUCGGCAUGUCGUUUUUAUUAGUCUGUGUGAAGCAAAUUGGUUGCUCGCUCGAUUGUAUUCGAAUGCUCGAAGAAAAGAAGUCAGAAAUUCAGCUAAUAGUACUACAUUACGCUUAUUACUUCCUCGUACGAAACGAAUUCAAUCAAUUUUUAUCAAUACACCAACAUUGACGAUUCCUGCGCUGAUUGCAUCCAUCGAUGAUGAUGCGCCUUUCUUUCAAAUACUCAUCGAAUGGUUGGUUCAAUUUUUUAUUUUCAAUGGUACUCUCUAUUUUGAGACUGUCAAUGAGCAAACAGCCUAUUGUCAAUGUUUAGCGUUGUGUCCUCGACCCUAUACAGACAGAGAAAAUACUGCUUUCAAACGCAGUUGGAUUGCCGAGGAUGGAUUUGUAAGUCAACUCGAGCAUCGUCAUUGGUUGAAUAUUAUCGGAGCUCGAUUUCAAUUGAUUGAAAAUCGAAAUAAGUCAUAUGCAUCUUUUACAACGCAUGUCGAAAGUAUUAUUUUUAAUGCACAAAAGCUCCUUGCAUCAUGA